AUGGGAAUAUGGAAAAAGAAAAGCAGUCACAAGAACAAAGUUUGCUACAUUUCAGUUCCAGCUCAGAUCAUAAAUUCAGUUUCCUCAUCGUCUCUACACUCUUUUCUCGAUUUUCCGGAUGAUAAAUCUUCAAAGAAGAACACAAGCAAAUUCCUCAAUCUCAAAAAAAAUUUCAUCAGAAACCCAAAGCUCUGGGCUUUUUCCCUCUUUUCACUUUCUGUUUUGGGGAUUUUAUUAAGACUUGGAUUUUGUGGAUACCCACAUCACGAAAGUCAACUUCAGAGCUCGGAUUCAAAUGGGUCUCCUAAAUCUAAUCUGGGUUUUGAGUAUACCCGAUCAAACACUGAGAUGUCGAGGGCCAAGGAUCGAUCUUUAGAUAGGAUUCCAAAAUCAGCAGUGGGUGUGGAGAGAAAUGAGACAUUUGGUGGUGAAGCAAAGUUGAUCACCCAUAAUGGAGAUGGACAUGAGUGGGAUGAUGAAAAUGAUUUCUGGAAACAGCCUGAUGGAUUAGGCUACAAGCCAUGCUUGGAUUUCAGCACUGAAUACAGGAGAGAGAGUAAGAAGAUUGGUAGGGAGAGGAGAAAGUAUCUGAUGGUGGUCGUCUCUGGUGGGAUGAAUCAGCAGAAGAAUCAAAUUGUGGACGCAGUUGUCAUUGCGAGGAUCCUAGGUGCUGUUCUUGUCGUCCCUAUAUUGCAAAUCAAUCUCAUUUGGGGUGACGAGAGUGAAUUCUCAGAUAUCUUUGAUUUAGAGCGAUUCAAGAAUGUUCUAGCAAAUGAUGUGAAGAUUGUUUCGAUGCUGCCUGCAAGUAAACUAAUGACUAGACCAUCAGAAGAUGGUGGUAUGGCCUUUAAUGCAUCCCCUCAAUGGAUCCGUUCGCACUAUCUAAAGCGAUUCAACAAGGACGGAGUUCUGGUUUUGAGGAGGCUUGAUUCAAGAUUGUCUAAAGACUUACCCUCUGAUCUCCAGAAGCUCCGUUGUAAGGUAGCAUUUGAAGCUCUGAAGUUCUCGCCACGGGUUAUGGAGAUAGGGAAGAAGCUUGCAGAGAGGAUGAGGAGCAAAGGGCCUUACAUUGCGCUUCAUCUUCGAAUGGAGAAAGAUGUGUGGGUGAGAACGGGCUGCCUUUCUGGUUUGAGCUCAAAGUAUGAUGAGAUUGCAAAAACAGAAAGGAUUAAGCGGCCUGAGCUCUUAACAGCUAAGUCUACUAUGACAUCUAAUGAGAGGAAACUUGCCGGUCUCUGUCCAUUAAAUGCCAAGGAAGUGACUAGGCUGCUUAGAGCACUUGGAGCACCGAGAGAAGCAAGGAUCUAUUGGGCGGGAGGGGAACCGCUUGGCGGAAAAGAAGCUUUGAAACCAUUAACAAGUGAAUUCCCACAUCUUUACAACAAACACGAUAUUGCAUUGCCCCUUGAACUCAAACCUUUCGCAAAACGAGCUUCGAUAAUGGCAGCAAUCGACUACAUCGUGUGUAAGGAGAGUGAUGUGUUUAUGGCAUCUCAUGGAGGGAACAUGGGCCACGCGAUUCAGGGUCACCGAGCUUAUGAAGGACACAAGAAGCUUAUAACACCAAACAAAAGACACAUGCUCCCAUACUUUUUGAACACAUCAAUGACUGAAACAGAGUUUAAGAAGAUGAUAAAGAAAUUACACAGACAAUCUCUAGGACAGCCAGAAUUAAGGAUUAGCAAAGCUGGAAGAGAUGUUACAAAGUAUCCUGUUCCUGAGUGUAUGUGCAAUAAUCAAUCCACUUCCACUACUUAAAGCUCUUUUUUUUUGCAUAUAUGGUUUUGAGACAA